GCGUCGUCCCGGUGUUUGAUUGGUUCCCGUCUCAUAUCAUAUCGAGCAAGUGCAGCCAAUCUUUGCCGCUAAACUCAAUGCUGCGCAUAGAGCGCCAGCUAUUUUUUUUUUAUAUCCACUUAAAGAGCUCGGGGAGAAGGCAACAACAUGCAAUAAUCCGGGCAAUUUAGUGCUCACAUUGGGCGAAAAGUGUUCUUCACAUUCGUCAUCAAAACCAAGGAUUACAUUGCAAUGAGCAACUCGCUGCAAACUACCGGAGAAGCAACUCAUACUCUUCAAUAAAACAUUACCUGGCUGCAAGAGAAUGGCACUAUCCCGUCUCCAGUCUCCUCCCUUGGCUCAAGCUAAGUUAACCAGGAUCGUUGUUCAGUGCUCCCUUUGCUGAAAACGGACAAAGCAUGCUGUCUGGGACAUGGCGGCGCUCCGUGGAGCACCCCCGACCUUCCACGGCGCCCGCGAUGACCACCAGAGGGGUGACGCUGUGCGGCGUGCCCAGCGGUACGGUGGUCCUUGAGGCGCAAUAUGAUUACAACUACCGCGCCGCUGAUGGAAGACAGGUGUGCAUACGGGAGGGCGAGAGGUUCAUUCUCCUGAAGAAGACUAAUGCGGACUGGUGGCAGGUGCGAAGGAUAGGGGCUGCCAGUAAAACAAAGCCUCUAUAUGUUCCCGCCACAUAUGUGACCGAGGUUCCUAUUGCACCCAUGGCGUCACCGCAGCGCCUCGUCAUUUCUGCCUCGCUCAACUCCAACGUCCACGUACUGCCAAGAAUGGCGCUCACUCCGAGCCCCGCGGGUGUCUAUCAUGAGCAGCACCAAGCUAACAAACCCAUCUACCGCUCCAUGGAGAACCUGAGCUCCAACAGUGCCUUCAAAGGUCUGGACGCCAACUGCAGCAUGACUUUAGGAGGCCGUUUCCCCACCUUGCCUCUCUCCGGAGUCAUUGUUGCCCCCAACUCCGCAGCCGGGCACCUGAUGGUCCCUGGGGACUUCUCCGCGGCUCAGACGGCGCCAUCUUUAAACGCCAGGGUGGUCCCCAUGAUCACCCGCAGUCAGAGCUCCAGCAACCUGACGGACAACGUGAUGGAGAACCCUUACGACGAGGUGGGGGCCAGCUUCAGCAGCGGCGUCAACUACAGGGUGCCCAAGAAGUCCUGCAGCCAGUGGGACAUGGUGGGAUCUUCUGGCAAGAACAACCGCCUACAGGUGCCGACAGAGUCCUACUUGUCUCAGCUGUCCUGGCAGGACUCGCCUCUCUACCGUCACCCGCAGGCAGAGAGGCGCACCUCGCAGGCUGAGCCUCCAAGCCCGGUGCCUGGUCAGCCUCCCGUCCAGGUGGUGGAUCUGUGGGAGCAGUAUGAGGACCCGGCUUCUCUGAGAAGCUACUAUGUCAACAGCAUCACCAAGGAGAGAUCCUGGAAACCUCCUCGUAGAGCCCGCGGAGGCACCGCCUACAAGCAGGUCAGUCAGGCGCAAACUAAAACGUUACCCAGAGAAACCAGCCUUCUGUCCCUGCCACUUCCUGCCACUGGCAAUGGAACAAUGCACAGGCUUGCACCUGACUUCCUGUUUGGGAGCCACCAGCGCAACAGAGACUGCGGCAGCUGGCGAGUGAAACAGAGCAUGCAGCGUGCCGCCUCCUCUGACACCAUUUGCACGAUGGUACAGGCCAAGGCCGACACCCACUGUCAGGACUGUGCCGCCCUGCAUGACGCCAGGCAGCCGCUCUCACACUCACAGUCCAUGAUCCUGCCAGAGAAUGGCCAGUGCAGAGACUACCCGUGCAACGUGACCAACAUCGUCGUGGAGCCGCCCUCUCCCGAGAGCUCGCCAGACGGGGAAGGUGGUACACCGGAGUUGGAGAAAGCCGGACUCUUGAACAAGACCAAGAUUGCAGAAGGAGGCCGGAAACUCAGGAAAAACUGGAGUCCAUCCUGGGUGGUGCUGGUGGGGAACAGUCUAGUUUUCUUCAAGGAUCCCAAAUCCCAGACGCCUUCAAGCUGGAAACCAGGCAACAGUCGCCCUGAGAGCAGUGUUGACCUGAGAGGAGCACAGCUGCACUGGGCCAAUGAGCUGUCCAGCAAGAAGAACGUCUUUAAGCUGAGGACUGUCACGGGCAACGAGUUCCUGCUGCAGUCGGAGACGGGCUCUCUGAUCAAAGAGUGGUACCACACCAUCCAGAGCGUCAUCCACAGGCUGGACCGAGAGAACCCGUUAGACAACGUUCUGCUCUACUCCCUGAGGAGAGCGGGCAGCGUGGAGAUGCUGGACCACAGCGGCGACGAAGACGACAGGCGAACGUCACUCCCUCGCUCGGCCUCCAACCUGGAGAACACGGAGAAGAAGAGGGUGAAGACGCGCCUGAAGAAGCUCAUCCUAAAGAGGCCUCCUCUGCAGGCCCUGCAGGAGAAGGGCCUCAUUAAAGAUCAGGUGUUCGGCUGUUGUCUGGAGAUGCUGUGCGAGAGAGAGAAGAGCACGGUCCCUCGCUUCGUCAGGCUGUGCACAGAGACGGUGGAGAAGAGAGGAUUGGACACUGACGGCAUCUACAGGGUGUCUGGGAACCUGGCGGUCAUUCAGAAACUUCGCUUCCUGGUCAACCAUGAGCGAGCGGUGACCACUGACGGUCGUUACAUGUUCCCUGCAGAGUUGGUGCAAGAGGAGAAGCUUAAUUUGGAGGAGAGCGAGUGGGAGGACAUCCACGUCAUCACGGGAGCUUUGAAACUUUUCUUCCGUGAGCUUCCUGAGCCUCUGGUGCCCUACGGCUUCUUCUCUGACAUGGUGGAGACAGUCAAGAUCUCGGACUACUCGGACAAAGUGGACCAUUUGAAGACCUUGGUGCAUAACCUGCCUCCGCCAAACCACGACACUCUGCAGUUCAUCUGCCGCCACCUCAAACGCGUUUUGGAGCAUUCCGACACCAACCGGAUGAGCACCCAGAACAUCGGCAUCGUGUUCGGCCCGACGCUGAUGCGGCCCGAGUGCGACGGCGGCAACAUGGCGGUCAACUUGGUGUACCAGAACCAGGCGGUGGAGCUCAUCCUCAACGAGUACGAGCGCCUCUUCGGAGGGAGGCCCGGCGGCGCCUCCUGAGGACUUUUCCAGACGUCUUCCACGCCGGGAGAACAUUAAAGGUCUCUGGCAGGAGAACAUCUGGACGCCACGCCGCAGGACGCCAUUUUAGCCGCCAUGCUUUUUACACGCAGAUGUUCCUCUUGUUGCUUCUCCUUGAUAAUCUGGCACACACACACACACACACACACACACACACACACACACACACACACACACACACACACACACACGCACACACGCACACAGAAGUAGUGAACCAUCUCACUGUGAUUGCACUUCUAUGCAUACAAACAUGCUGAACUUGAUGGCCGCCAUCUUCCCUUUUCUUUCGUUGUUACUUCCACUUCAAAAUUUACUUUAUUUGACUUUAUUCUUCUUUAUUUACACGCUGUCGUCGUCCCCUUUGAAACAUCUCCUUUGUUGACGCCAUAGUUUGUUGUAAAAAGCCACAUCUCUCCUGAAAUAAAUAAACAAGUGAUGUCAUCGUC